CAGCUCCCGCCCCAGCUUCCUGCUUCUCCGGCCCUAACACUUUCGUUUUUCUUUCCCCUGCAGCCCGCCCCAAAAGGCGCAAGCGGAUUUUGUUUCAUCUGUGGCGUUUCUGUCCAAGCCCAGGAACCUGGAAAGGACGGAAGCCCAGGCCAAAUCCAGAGCCCAGGAUGUUCGCUGUGAGCAGGGCCUUGGAAAAGGCUCUUCUUCAGCACUUCAUGCAGCAGAAGCUGGAGAUCGCCUAUGCCAUAAACAAGCCAUUUCCCUUCUUUGAAUUGCUCCGAGACAAGUCCUUCAUCAGUGAGAGUACGUACACGGAGUCUCUGGAAGCCUGUAGAAAUUUGGUUCCUGUGUGCAGAGUGGUGUACAACAUUCUCACCAAACUGGAGAAGACUUUUAACCUGUCGCUUCUGGUGACGCUGUUCGGCCAGAUUAACCUGUAUGAAUACCCUAGUCUGAAGAAGAUUCUCAGAAGCUUCAUAAAUGUCGGCACCUCCUAUGGAGAGAGGAGCAGAACCGCGGCAAUCCCACUGAAAUUUCCUGCUGACCCAGAAGAAGGGAGCUCUCUCCAGACCCUGCUGCAGCUGCUCCCGCCCCAGCCACCUCCAGCAAGACAUCUGUCCUGUGCGCCCACGGUCAGUGAGGCCAGAGCAUCCUUGCAGCAAACCAGUGAGGGCUUGGACAAACCACCCAGCCCUUCUGCCCCGGCUGUGGCACUUCUUGGACUCAUCCUUGGAGAAGGAAGUACUCCAGUGGCCAGUGACAACUUAACAUCUAAAAGAAAGAAGGAAGAAGAUUCACAAGAGAUGCCCAGCCUUCCCUCUGGCACUAGGCAAGCGUUAGAAGAUGCUUCUGCUGAAUCCAGUGACCCAGAAGAGCCCCAGGAAGCACCCAGCACAUCUGCAAAAAAGAAAGGAAAGAAAAGGAAAGUGUGUAUCUGGUCAAGUCCAAAAAGAAGGCAUAAGAAAAAAUGUCUCCCAGAAGAAAACCCCACAGAGAACACCGUGGAUUUCUUCUCCCCUACCCUUCCUGUGACCUGUGGUGAGGUGAAGGGGAUUUUAUACAAGAAGAAAAUGGAACAAGGUGGAGCCUCAGAGAAGAGCAUUCAGAAUGAGAAGGGAACUUGGGUCUCACCAAAAGAAUUCACAGUUGAAGGAAAGAGGGAGAGAUCAAAAAACUGGAGGAGGAGUGUGCGCUGCGGAGGGCAGACCCUGGCACAACUAAUAGAGAAUGGAAUUUUGCUCUGUCCUCCAGCAACAGCUCUCACCAGAAAGGCACUCAGAAGGUAAAUUCCUGCUGCCUUUUCUCCCUCAGCCCGGCUUCCAGCCCACGGCUCACAUUCGGAUACAGCGUCUUCAUUGAGACUACACUGGCACACGCGCGAUGGUUUCCAUGGUGAAGUAAACGGCUCUCCAAAAUAAAAGUCAAGACAAAAGCUGGGGAUGUCCAUGUGUUCUUGGAAAAGAUCUGGAUAUUGGGGUGACUGCAAACCAUGGGUGUCAGAAAUAGAUGCUCUUUUGAAAAGCAGAUAUAGCAUUAAACGGGACCAGAGCAGUUUGUGCCAGGGCAGGAGGAUCAUCCUCAGCUGAAUACCAAGUUUCGCCAACGCUCUGCGCUUAUUUUCAGUAGCAUCAGGCGGGAAGAGCAAGGUUGUAUGCGUCUCGGGCAGGCCUCCAGGGGAAUGGCAGCCCUCUGCCGCAUGAACUUGUGCACCAGCUUCUUUUCUUGCUUACACAUACUCUCUGGCCUUCGGUCCUCCUGGAGGUGAAUGUCCACUGAAGGCAGUGGUGCCCAGGAAACUAGCCUGGCCCUUGGCCGUACAUGCCGAGUGUAAGGCAGAGGUCCUCUACUACCAUUUAGGUACAAACCAUCUCUUUCACACUGCUUUGAAAUACCUUGGGAAUCAGAGCUGCUCCUUGAAACAUCAUGAUAGAAAAAUAUUAUGGAAGAGCAGAAAUUGCAUCGACAUUAUCAAAUAAACCAAUACGUCUACAGAAUGAGCAGAAUGAGUUUUUUAAAGACACAUGUAUUUGUAGGUGCUGCUAGGGUCUGAAUGUCCCCACCAAAACUCAUGUUGAAAUAUAAUCUCCAUUGUGAGAUUAAUCCAGCUAUGGUAUUUGGAAGUGGGACCUUCAGGAGCUAAUGAAGGUUAAAGCUAAAGGUUAAGCUGAUGAAAGUGGGGUCCUCAACCAAAAGGGUGGUGAGGCUCCUCUUUUAUAAAAAGAGGAGGCGAGCCUGAACUAGAACUGUCUGCUUGCCGUGUGAUGUCCUGCUCUGCUUGGGACUCACCGGGUGAGGCCACUCCGUCUUGAACUUCCAAGCUUUUGAAACCGGAGCUGACUACACAUUUAUUGUCUGUAGUUGACUCAGUCUGUGGUAUACAGUUGUAGUAACAGAAAGUAAACUAAGACAGCCACUGAUCCUUCAGCCAAGGGGAAACAGGUCUUCAGGAAGCUUACGGUGGUGACAGUGUGUGGAAAGAAUCCAGUCUGGUAAUAGGGGGGUCUGUCCUGAAAAAGUCUCUGGAAAAAUCAACUGCACUCACUCUGGGAGAGGAUUACAGGGACCUUUGCCUUCUGUCCGAUACACUUAUGUACUAUUUGAACUUUUAUAAUGACUAUUGUAACCAGAAAAAUUGGGUAGGAUUACAGGAACCUUUGCCUUCUGCAGUCUAUACUUAUGUACACUUGGAAUUUUUAUAGUGACUAUUACUUUUGUAACCUGAAAAAAAAUAAAGAUCUUUAAAAUCCAGAACAUUAAUUAAUA